GCGAGGGCUUAGCUGGUCACAAGCUGAAGGUCCUCGGCAGGCUGAGGUUUAUGUCCGACCCUGAAGAGAGCUCGCUAGCUCCAGCCAGAAGGUUCAGAACAGCCCGGCUUUAUAAAGGAAUUUCAUAUGCUCACACACCGCAUAGCAGAAGGGAAACAUGUCUACUUUAUCUAAUUUGACACAGACCCUGGAGGAUGCCUUCAAAAGGAUUUUUAUUACGUACAUGGACAACUGGCGCAGGAACACAACAGCUGAGCAAGAGGCACUCCAGGCCAAAGUUGAUGCCGAGAACUUCUACUACGUCAUCUUGUACCUCAUGGUGAUGAUUGGAAUGUUCUCUUUCAUCAUUGUAGCCAUCCUGGUGAGCACGGUGAAAUCCAAGAGGCAGGAACACUCCAACGACCCCUACCACCAGUACAUUGUGGACGACUGGCAGGAAAAGUACAAAAGUCAAAUUCUGAAUCUAGAAGAAUCAAAGGCCACCAUCCAUGAGAAUACUGGUGCAGUAGGUUUCAAAAUGUCCCCCUGAUAAUGUAGAGAGGCACCAAACCAAUAUACGAGAUCCAGAUAUGAAGAGAUGCCAGUGCCUCGAAGCAAGUCCAGAUUGCCAUUGUUUGGAAGAAAGUGAGUUCCUUCCUCUCUGCUGAGAAUUUUCAUGGAGAUUAUGUGGUUGGCCAGCUAAGACAGAUGACAUUUCAAUUCCAGUGAUUUAUGUUUGCUUAUUGGAGGACUAUUUUGUGCUGAAGUCCUCUUUUACUUUCUGGGCAAUGUAAAUGUCAUUUUAAUCAAUGUCAAUAGUGAAAAUAAAGCCAAAUUGAAGUAAAGUGCUUGGGCAGUGGCAGUGGGAUAGAAAGCAGAGAUUUACAAAUCACUGAAUCUUCUUCCUCAUCAUUUGUAUGUGACAAAUUCAAUUUAUAAAUAACCCAGAUGUACUUUCCAGAAGCUGAGUUUCAAAAUCUAUCACUUGCUCACUGGAUUGACAUAGGAGAACUUAUUUAUUAUUUCAUGAAUGCUGAGUCUGAAGUAAUGAAUGAAUAGAGCCAUGAG